AUGCACCACUUAGCCAGUGCCGAAAACAAAGCAGUCAGUUGGACUGCGCACUGGAGUCCCGGGAAACGGGACGAGAUCUGCAGGAACCCAGAACGCGUUGAGAAGCUGAUGACAAUUUGCAAAGUGCGCCUGUUGCUCAAAUGCGCUUUUGCAUGCCAGCUCCACAAGCUCAACCCAGCGGACUUCAUUCGCUUUGGGCUUUCAGACCGUGUGACGACUUUCGUCAAGGGCGAAGGCCACAGCGAACGGAAAGCGCUUGAGGAAGCGUGGAGACUUAUAUGGAAUCUGGCCGAACCGGACAGAUUACUGGCAUGCGCUUUGCACACUGACCAGGACCACGGAGACGUGUUGGUGUACGAGGAUGAAGAGCUCGGGCGGAAUUUUCCGCUCGCAGCGGAAAAGGCCCGCUACGAGGAGACCUUGGCACGCCAGAAAGACGCCAUGAAGGAGAUGCAGACAAAGCUGCAGGAGAUGAUGCAGCACAGCAAGGAGUCCGGCGCCGAGGCUGUGGUGCAGAAGCUCAUGAAGAAGGCAGGUAUCUCCGACGAGGUGGUGAUCUCCACCGAGCAGGUCUGGGUCCGACUCUACAGGGAUGCUGUCACCCGGCGGGAGCGCCAGGAAAAGCUCCGUGCGGAGAAGCAGGCACAGCAGCAACAAGACCGUGAGACCCGAGAAGACCAGGUCCGCAGGCGCGAAUCGGAGAUCUUUGCCAUUCCGCCCAUAGAUGCGGCCUCACCGACGCGAAAGGAGGUCAAUCCGAGUCAGCCCAGUCCGAGUCAGCCUACGCCGCAAGGAUCACCCAUGUGUGCCUGGUUGCGGGCUGACCUGGACCUGUCACCUGUGCGAGUCAUGCAGGCCCCUCAGCGCCGGCGGAUCCUCGCGCCUCCAAAGGGGCAGCUUCAGACCUCUCACUCGGCGCCGUCUUUUCUACCGGCUGCGGCUGCCGUAUCGCUUUCACAGUGCCGGUGA